AAGCGCUGAGCUGAGCUGAGCUUCGAAGCGAUGGGCAUCUUCAGGACGGCACUCGCAGCCACGGGCUGGACCUCUCUUGGUGCGACGGCGGGCUAUGUGCUCUGGACACGCAAGACCUCGAUCGUUGAUGUGCCGCCUACCGACUACCUCUUCAAUUCCACCUUGUUCGCCAGAUACAACCCGAACAAUGCCCCCGUGACGCAGGAUCUCGCCAUACGGCGCGUUCCCCUAACCCAAAUCAAGCCGGAGCUGCUGGAGAAAGAGGGCAGAUUGACAGAGGCAUUCUGUGCAGGCGUGUGGAGCGGGCUGGGAUUCGCAUACCAGCGUCGCUUCCUCGAGAAAAAGUAUCGAUCCGACCCCGUUACCGCCGACCAUCUGUGGGAUACCAAAGACCUGCAAUCCUCCACCUAUGAGCCAGGAACCAAAAUCACCGAUCAUUUCGAGGUUGUAUCCAAGACCGCGAACUCAAUCAUUGUGCGCUGCGGAGACUCCCCGCGCUUGACGGACGUGAGGGAGAGCGAUGGCCUCUUCGAGAUGAGCGCCGAGAUAAAGAAAGACGAGGGAUUCGCAGAGUUUGGACUCAAGUCCAUCUUCUACAACGGUCUCGCACAGCCUGACCAGACUGCAAACCCAGGUCAAGGUCCAAUGUCGAACUGGAUCCAGUGGCUGCACCAGCAGUAUGACAAGGUGUUGAUGGAGACUGCCUUGAACAAUGUGACCAAAUAGGUCUCGCAUUCAAUCGAGGAAUCGAGCGUCAUCGUCAUAUGGGAACGUAUCUGCUGUCUCCUGCAGUACACUGCUCUCGGUGUGCUUGAGCACAGUCAUGCAGGCGUGGCGGAGCUUGCUGGUGAAGGCGUUCGCUAGCGAGCAGGGGAAGUUCACGACAGCAUUCUCCACGUGUUCCAGAAUGACGUCCGCGACCGUCGCAUCAUCUUCGUCGUCGUGGCCUUCGCUCGAUUCGAAGAGUUCCUGUGUUUUAGGAGCUUCGGUCGCUGUUGAUGUAGCUUUAUUCUGUGGGCAGGGUGAGCUGGAUGCUGCUUGUUCUGCAGUCGCGUGCGAGCCACUGUCGAUAAUCAUCGGCAGACUGCAAAAGUCUGUAGGCACAAUAUCCAGCAUCGUUGCUACCUUUGCUGUUCGUGUAUUGCAGAUCAUCUGUCUGUGCCAGAGAACUGAUCGCGAUAUACUGCGCUCUAACCAUUUCCGGCGACUUUCUGUCUUGUCAGCUGGACCAG